AUGUUCUCGGAUACGUGGGACGGCAUCGUCUCACUCGGCGACAAGAUCUGGCGUUCCUGUCCCGCGCAGCCGGGCGUCGAGAAUGCCACCGAGAGACUGGAGUACGGCGAGUCCGACCUCGGUGGAACCGUGGAUCCUCAAACCUUCGCAAUAUUCGAACGGAUCUCCUACAAUGCCGAUCUCAACUUCGUCGACGAGGACGAAGCCCGCCCCUGGCCCACAAUCUUGGUCGACGACAACUACCACACGAGCCGCGAGGACGAAGCCACCUUUACCUCACUCCUGUCAAGAGCCGGCUCAAACCGUCCACCCAUCUCCAACAUCCUCCAGCACCUCGUCGACGCCCUCUUGCCACCCCCCUACAUCAGCCAGCUCGACGCAUCCCUCAGCGUCAAAGUGGAACCGGCCUUCGACAUCGACGACUCGGACGAUGAUGAGGCUGACGGGGAGGAAGGAAGCGACGAGGGGGCUGAAGGGCAGGAUGAGGAAGGAGGAGCGGAAGAUGAGCGUCGCCAACGAGCGGGCGACGGAGCUGGUGUUGGAGGCCGGCGUUCUGAUUCCGUUGGAGCGGCUUGA